AGGGAGUCCCAAUAAUCUAAAGCAAUCUGUAAGGACCUGACCUUAGUCCAUCCAGAUCAAUAGGGAAGUGAGGGUGGAAAGGAGAAGAAGAGGAAGAAAUAAGGGGCGCAACCGGAUCGUUUACGCUGGCUGUUCCCGAGGAAAUAUAGACUUCCCUUGCCUGCACCUUUUGUUGCUCACAUGCUCACACUGUAAAAGUGGAUAUCGAGGCAAUUCCCUUGCUUUGUGUGAUUGCAGCAGACUUUUUUCCCCUUUUCCUGCCGCCAUGUCUUUCCCUCAGCUGGGAUAUCAGUACAUCCGACCGAUAUACCCGCCGGAGCGCCAGGGGAUCGCCAGCAAUGCCCGAGCCGGGACAGAGCUCAGCCCGUCCGGCGCACUUUCCAACGUCCUCUCCACUAUGUAUGGAUCUCCUUUCGCCGCAGCAGCGCAGGGCUAUGGAGCGUUUCUCCCCUACUCUAACGAUAUAUCAAUUUUCAAUCAAUUGGGCGCCCAGUAUGAACUGAAAGACAGUCCGGGUGUCCAGCACCCCGGGUUCGCUCACCAUCACCCUGCUUUCUACCCAUACGGCCAGUAUCAGUUCGGUGACCCGUCCAGACCCAAAAACGCCACGAGGGAGAGCACCAGCACCCUGAAGGCCUGGCUCAGCGAGCACCGUAAGAACCCCUACCCAACCAAGGGAGAGAAGAUCAUGCUGGCCAUCAUCACCAAAAUGACCCUCACCCAGGUGUCCACCUGGUUCGCCAACGCCAGGAGGAGGCUAAAGAAGGAGAACAAGAUGACCUGGGCCCCCAGGAACCGCACCGACGAAGAGGGGAAUGUUUACACCAGUGAUCACGAGGGGGAGGAGGGGGACAAGAGGGAGGACGAGGAGGAGAUCGACUUGGAGAACAUCGACACGGAAAAUAUUGAGAACAAGGACGACUUGGACGACCAGGACGACCUGCAUUCAGAUAUUAAACUAGACGGGAGGAGUGACUCUGAGAUUUCUGACGGCUAUGAGGAUUUACAAGGGCCCGACCAGAGGUUUCUAAAGGCCGUGGGGAAAGAGAGCAAAGACGUGCAGAGAGGAGGAGAGCACUUCCACAGCCACCACCAUCACCACUCUUCUUUGGACAUCAAAGCUCAGUCAAACGGGGAGCAGCUCAAGCUGAACCCGGUGUCCGUGAGCUCGCCGCCCUCAGAGAACAACCCUGCCCCAGCCCAGAAGCCAAAGAUCUGGUCUUUGGCAGAGACAGCCACGGCCCCGGACAAUCCGCGCAAAUCGCCGCAAAUGAACGGCAGCAACUCCGCAGGCUCCGCCGCCCAGACCAUACUCGCCCCACACAGACUCAUUUCUUCGUGUCCCGUAGGGAAAAUCCAGAACUGGACGAACCGAGCCUUUUCGGCGCACCAGCUGGCUUUACUGAACUCCAAUCAUUAUCUGGGACUGGCGAACCAGGCCACAGCCACCGGCCUGGCCCUCUACAGCAGCAGGCAAACGGAGGACAAGAGUCAUAGUUCAGAGACUCCAGUCACAGGUACAUGUCCCCGACACUGAGACGCGCAUGUAUAAAUAACCACAAAAAAAAGACACUAGUCCAUUGCCCGCCAUUCAUUUCUUUUAAUUUUUUUAUCCUUUGCCUUCUUUGCCUGUUCGUGGAUUAUUUUUUCUCUUUCCUAGGCCGCACAGAUGAACAGUGUUACAAUGUCGUAGCUUACAGAACACGGUGUGUGUGAAGUGUGCGUGCGUGUGUGCUUUGAAAAAUGUCCAAGAGGAUUGUGGGGGGGAAAAACUCACCAGAAAGCAUUUUUUUAACAAAAAGAAAAAGAAAAUCAAGAGCUGAAUUGGGUGAAACUGUUCUUUCUUUUUAUUCUCCCUUCCUUUAUUUGCUUUUGUUACUUCCAUAUGGUAUUAAGGCUCCCGUGCUUUUAUUUAACGGUUAACCGUCAUCCCAUCAAACACACCAGUUUUAAGGCUAAAUUCACUCCAGCUCUGCAUAGGUCUCCAAUGAUAGGAAGUUUAAAUAACGUAUUUUAAUUUUUAGAGAGAUCUUAGUGCCUUGGAUGCAGAGGAAGAAAGAGGGAGAGGAAAAAAAUAAAGUUGUUAAAAACAGCUUUCCACCCAGAUCAAAGAAAGCGUGGCUGUCAGUUAAUGACAUUUGGGAAUUUUCAUUUUGAUGCCACAUCUAAUUCUCUUUUCUAAAUGCCAUAUUUACCCAAAUUAGCUUUGAUUCCAAAAAAAAGCAAUACUUUUUUUUUUUUUUUGCAAUUAUUAUUCCUGUGUUGUGCUCUUGUGUUAUUUCGUCAAGGCCUACACUUACUCGUUUGGUCAUGCAAAUGAGCAAAAUGCAAAUUCACUUCAGGCUCGUUUUCGAAAGGCAAUUGUCACUUUUAUAUCACUUUGUGUUUUAGCUCUUCGUGAGGCUAUUAUUUGUGUUGUUUUUCUCUUUCUUUACCAUUUUUUUUUUUUUUUUUUUUUUUUAAAUUCUGUUUUUGCCCAUGUAUAUUUCAGGCCUCAGAACCAACUAGAAGCAGCGAUGGUUCUUUGGGCUCUCUGUCCUCUCCAUAACCCCCUCACCCAUCCUCUCCUCUUUUCCCCCCCUUUUUAAUUUUAAUUUGAAUAUGGAAUGUAAAAUAAGAAUAAUACAUCUCUGUAUACUUACAUUGUAAGCAUGUCCUGUGUAAAACUGCUAAUGUAAUAAUGUAUGAACCUGUAGUCUGUGAGUUUUUCCUUUUUUCUUUUUGUAAGUUCUGUGAGGAUUUGAUGUUAAAAUGUUUUGUAUAUAAAGUUAAGAAUAUGUACAUACUUGUGAACCAAAUUGUACAAGAAAGUCUAUAUUUUGGCUAAUAAAUGAACUGCUGCAACUUAAAAAAAAAUACAUAUAUAUAUAUAUAUACCUAUAAACGUUGUUUUUUGGCCGAGGUAUUUUGACAGCUGCUUUUGAUGGGGGCUUUUUAUUGUGCACUGCUGCUUGAAGUGCACUGCUUUGGGUUUUUCUUUUUAUGUAUGUGUGUUAGUGGACAGCCUGGGGCACUGACUUCAUCCUCCGUGGCAGCGAUAAGUAAAUAUUGGAGGGGGAUUUAUCACACUUCUAUAGUGCAGGGACUUAAGGCUAAUUAGCCAGUACUGCGGCAUACAUUUGGAUAUUCAUGUUGUGGGAUUAUCCCUAUAGAGGCGCGGCGUUCGCAUUAAAACGAAUAAAUUCAUUCAUUCAU